GAUGGAUACAUAAGCAGAGAGCUCCCAAGCUCUCUCGAGGAGGGCAGCUUUCAACAGAUUCUGUCAGUGGACUCGCCCCGUGCCAGCAUUAUCCUACCGGCUUACACUUAGAACCACUUCAGCCAGGAUCCAAGUCAAGUUAGAGAUUUGGCUCAAGCUCCCAAUAGGUAGUACUCAAUAUGCCGGAGGCUUUUACCAGAUGCUGCAGCAGGCGUGACGGGGAUGGUGACUUCAUGCUCGAUCAUCCUGUCCGGGUCAAAAUAGGAUUUGGUCUUCGCUUUGACCAGCAUAGAUCGUUCUACGAUUUCUUUUAGGACGAAGCCUUUCUUUUGUAAGGUCAUUUUCGAUUGGUAAAAUAUCCUCAUCGACAUGGGGGCGAGUGUCGUGAGCCCACCCGCGGACUGGAAGGCGUCACAGCCUGAGAGCGCAAGUUCCUCAUCUUCCGGCAGACGUGACUCGGAUACGCUUGCCAUGGCAUCGCUCAACGAUGCCGAGAUGGCGGGGACAUUUUCUUCGGUAGCCAAGCUUUCGCUAGUUGCGGGUGGUUAUCCAGGUCUUCAAAUCGCCAUACCCAUUCUGCACAAGUCCCAUUGCGACGUUGAAAUGCGGUAUACCCAAGACUAUGUGCGUGGACCGCCCUUCUCGACAUUCAGGAGGGAUUCUGCGGAGAUGAGUCUGAUCCAGGCUGGGAUUGGUGCGAGUACCCUUCGUAGAGGCGUAUCACGCUACUCAGCCAUUAACGACCAAUUCACUCUCUUGUUGGUCAUGUCAAUGUCGCCGGGGUCGUCCAUCAACCCCGAUAGAGGACAAAAAUCAGUACAGCCACAAAAAUCGGAAGACGAGUUCGUAUUGAGGCCUUGA